GACAUCUUAAAGAUGUCUUUUAGACAUGCAUGUUAUCUGGGAUGUUAGGCGGCCCGGAAAUCGAGAGAGUGCAAAGCGUCGGCUGAUCGCGAUCAGUUUAAUCUUGCCGUCCUUAAUAUUCUACAAACGUUGUCCUCGACCCUUUCGCGACAGGAUUCGUGUCCAGGCUCCCGCCGAUGUAAACGCGUUUCUUUUACCAACGGGACGCACGCCGGGCCUCUUUUUAAAUUUCGUCAGCGAAUCCUCUUUGAUCGCCGAGCCCGGACGGCCAGUGCGAGCACAAGUUGCUUUCCGUACUGCUAACAAAAAUGUUAGCGUCUCGCUGUGCACCUACGUCGUCUAUUGUGCUGUUGCUCGCCAGCACUUCAUGCCGGAAACGAAACAUUUGCCAAACAUUACGCUCGCAUUAAGUGCUCGGCCAGAUGCACUAUAUAUGUAUAACAUGUUUAUAUCUGUUUAGAAAAUUGAUAACAGUGUGUGCUAACUCUUUGUUAACAGUAUGCCCUGUUCGACGCGCUCUCUCUUUAAGCCUCGUCUACAAUAGUCGCGCAGGCUGUGUCGCGUGUCGUACGAGAAUGCCGUAAGUAUAUUGUUCCCGGCUGUCGCAGAAGCCCCUGUCGGAGUUGAACCAACUUCAACCUUCUGCGACUGCGACAAGUCGCACGAGAUCGGCCAAUCGUAUUACGUUGGCGCUAAAAGUGAUUUGCCUCGCGUUGCUGGCAGCUAGCUGAUCCGCAGUGAAUUCUCUCAUUAAUGUUUUGUAUUAAUGUAAACAACGUAUUGUAGAAAACGGAAGCCGAGGACAGUCUUAUUGUUAGCGCAGACAAGGAGACAAUGGCCUUUGUCCGCGCAAACCCCCCUUGUUGUGGCAGAAGCGUGUUACAAUUAAUCAAAAGGACAAGAAUAUCAUCAAUCAAGCGUUUUCGCUGAGCAAACGGUAAUAUAAGGACAUCAUGAGCUCCGAGGAUACAACCGACAAUGCGGCGGCAGCCAAUCCCUCCGGCGUGGCAGCGCAGACGAAGCAUUGGGUCCAAUUUGACGAGGAGGCCGAGCCGGGGGAAGCCGUCGGCGCCAGGGGUAAAGCGGCCGGCAACAGUAGCGCGCCCGCCGUGAUUAAACCUGAAUCGGUCACCGUGCAGGUCGACAAGAUCGGCAAGAGCGCCGAGCCGGCCGACGUCAACGACAGGCGCGGCAACGAGUACAGGGGUGCUGUGAUAGCAACCGAAUCCGUCCAGAUUAACUUAGAUAGGUCAGGCUUAAGUCGCUCCAUCACAUCCGAGACGCCGGAGCCGAAACUGCCGUUGUCCGACGUGCGCGCCAAGUCCGAGGCCAAGAGCGCCUCCCUGAAGACCAUCGAUCUGCGGGACGUGUCCAACGGCAGGAACGCGCCGAGCAACGUCGUCAGCACGUCGAUCGGGAACAUCAGGCAGGGCUUCGCCAACGGCGACACCAUCGUCACUCUCCUGCCGGUGAACACCAAGUGGCCGUGGAUCACCCCGGCCAGAUUCAGGCCGGAACUGGUGCCGGAGGAAUUGAUGGCGCAGGGAUUAACCCUCACAGUGGAAGAUUACGUUCACAUAAUGGAAUUACUUGUGAACGAUGUACGCUUCAAUAUGUAUAACAUAUGCUACAAGAGGAUUCUCGUCCUUUGGAUAUUCACCGCUUUCGUCGUGCUGCUCGGUCUACUGUUCUCCGGCGUGACCGGCCUCACUCUGUUCGGGCUCGGUGUUAUGUGGUUAGUCCUGAAUGCAGCCGCAAUAUUCUUCUGCAUGUUCAUCAAGAUUAAGCUCAAUCACAACCUCGAGAAAUGUAUGGCUCAAGUUAACAAACAUUUAUUAAGGCAUAAAAUAUUGCUGGGAUUAGACGACAGAGGGAAGAUCUCCUGCCACAAAGUCAACCUGUGUUUCAUAUACUUUGAUACUACGGAUUGCGUUAAAAAGCUACAGGAAGUGAUAGAACGGGAAGAACGCGAAGGUAGAGUAAUUGGUGGCGAUGAUGCAAGCGAUUUAAGCCGACAACGAGAAUUGCAGCAGCGUAUGGAUAUUGACGACGGUGAUAUUGUUAUACAAGGCAGCACCACUACAAGAAUCUCUCGCAAACAGGAACGGGCGGAGUUGCUGUUGCUGAGGUAUGCGUCUCGAUGGGCACGUCACUUCGUGCGUCGCAGACUUGAUCUGGUUAUAGACUCGCAGGAACGUGAUAGAGGCGUUACGGGUCUGUCUGUUCCACCGCGCCAUUGUGUCUCCGCCCGUUGCCCUUGUCAAUUCAUUGAGGACCAUCUCAAACACAAGCCGAAAGCCGGACGGAAGAUGAUGAAUCUCAGUAUAUUACCUCAUCCACAUAUCAUCAGCACGUAAUAAUAUUCUCUAAUAUUAUGUAAGUAUUACACCAAGAAAGUUCUAUAACGCACUCGCUAGUGAAUACAGUUUUAAUUGAAUAAAACGCAAGAAAUUUGAUAUUCAUAUUUAAAAAUGUGCCUCAAUUAUUCUAGCGCAAUUAAAUUGAUCGAACUCGGUUUACAUUUUACAUACCGGAACAAAAAUUGAAUUCUAAAGUUAGCUGCACCUUGAUUACACGGAUAAUUUUUUCUUGCACAACGAUAUCCAAUUUGCUGAAAGGUCUUUGCGUGUCGCGUGAUUAGCAAGAAGAAACUCUAUACCUAUUAUUAUUCCAUUAAUUUGAUGCUCAAUUAUUUCCUGCCUUGCAUGCAUGGUUAUUUGGGAAUUGUGCGUCUAAUAACACCUCGAAAUAGUAAAGGAGAAAAAGAUAUUUAAAACACAAUCCUGUUCGGCUGUCUUUUGUAUUCUUCGUAGUUUCAAAAUUCUUUUACACACACACACACACAUACACACGUUUAUUUUCCCAACCUUUCUAGUCUUAAACAUAGAUGAAAGCAGCUAACAUUAUAAUAAAAAAUGUUUUAAAUUCGAAAUAACUUUCUUUAUUGAACAUUAAACGACUGCAUAUCUCAAACGUAUCCUGAUAUCAAGAAACAUUCAAGUAUUGUAUAAUUGACUCUAAGUUGACGUUUUUGUUGUCCAACACAUUUUAUUGUGUAAAUUUUCAUUAUACGUAUAAAUUUAUAUUCAGUGGCAAAUAUUUGUAAAGAUACGAAAAGAAUAUCGUAUGUCAGGGUAUGUUUGCAUUCUUAAUUAUUCCUAAUGUAUAUAUUAAUCUGUCGAUGUGACUUUUCCAGGAUAUCCACCAGGAUUUACAUGGUGUGCCUACCUUAGUGAACCUGUGAGCCGAUUUGAUAUGGUACCAAGUUUCUCCCAAUAGUUUCUGCCCUUACAGAUCGUGUUGAUAUAAUACCAUUUCGCGUGAAUUUAUAUAUAGAAACAGAUGAGCUAUAUAUCAUAAAACAAGACGUACCGUUGUAUGUACACUAAGAAUCACUGAUGCCUUCCUAUACGAGUUUAGACGCAUGUAGAACACAGCGGGGAGCACAUAUUUUUGCAUAAGUUCAUGAGCAAAUGCAUAACGAAUUUGAUUGGUCUAUCCCAGAUAGCACAAGA